AUCAGAGAAAAAAAAAGUGACAAAUUUUUAAUGGAAUUCCUGAACCCACUCUGCUUAAUUUUGGCCCUUUCCCUUUCCCUUCCGCUGAAUGUUCUUCAACAACGUGGUCUCCAUGUGAUUUCCUUCUUAGGGUUUCUCUUCUUAAUCCCUUUUUCCUCCGAUUUCCCAAUUGGGUUUUCAUUUUCCAUGAAAUGCUGUUUUUCCCUUUGAUUUCUGUUCGAUUGCAUGCUUUCCUUUUCGCUUUAGAAUGAUUUUUGUGGUGGGUUUUCCUUUAUCUGUGAGCAUUGCCUUGUUUUUUGGUCCUUUUGAUUAAUGCUGCGGCGUGGUUUUUAGCAGACUCGUUGAUUGUUCUUCGUUGAUUGACGUUAUUAGUGAAAUUCCCUAGGUAAGUUUAGUGAGUUUUGUAAUUGUGAUUGAUUAUGGUCAAACCCCAUUUGCCUUAUUCGGUUAAGAAGCUUAGUUUUUGAAUCGGAGUCCAGGAAUUGGUAGCGUAGUUCAAUAUUUCAUCCGUGUUGGUCUUGAAUUUUUGUAAUGGACGACGGGGAGCUUGAUUUUUCGAAUCAGGAAGUGUUUUCCAGCCCUAAUAUGGAGAUUCCAAGUAGUUGUUCAAUGGAUAGUUUCUUUGAUGAACUUCUCAAAGACACUCAUACUUGUACUCAUACACAUACUUGCAAUCCGCCCGGCCCUGAUUACUCUCAUACCCACACAUGUUUUCAUGUCCACACUAAAAUUGUCCCUGCCCCAUCCGAAGAAGACAAGGUUGUUACUGAUGACACUGCAGAAUCAACUGAGAAGAAGUCAAAGAAACGCCCAUUGGGUAACCGUGAAGCUGUCCGUAAGUACCGUGAGAAAAAGAAGGCUAGGGCAGCCUCAUUAGAGGACGAGGUUGUUAGAUUGAGGGCUUUGAAUCAGCAUUUGAUGAAGAGGUUGCAGGGGCAGGCAGCACUUGAGGCUGAGAUUGCUAGGCUGAAGUGUUUGCUUGUGGAUAUUAGGGGCAGAAUUGAAGGGGAGAUUGGUUCUUUCCCUUACCAGAAAGCUGUUAAUCCUAACUUGUCCAACGCCAACCCAAGCAUCCCUGGUGCUUAUGUGAUGAACCCAUGUAAUAUGCAAUGUGAAGAUCAGGUUUACUGCCUUCAUCCCGGGGUCGAUGGCAGCAGAAGCAGUGAAGGGGCUGUGAUCAAUGGACAAAGCUUUGGUGCUUGUGAAUUUGAAAAUCUUCAAUGUUUGGCAAAUCUUGACUCAGGAUCGAAAGAGCUACCUGGGUGUGGAAUAGGGAAUGCAGUUUCGAAUGAUAUUUCUUCAGGCACGACGAAAAAGAAAGGAGGAAACCGUAAAGAGACAUGGACCUGAUGGACAGAUCAAUCAAACGUGAACAUCUUCAUCCUGUCCGUGCCUGCGGGGUGGUGCAUACCGUGAUCAAUAAGUGUAUUGUCAUGUGAUUGCAACAUUUGAUUAUCUUCUCGUUAUCGACCUUCUCCUGGACCCAUUUGAGGUACUCGAAAUGGCGAUGCUUCUUCAUUCGUGGUACUCCGGGUUCUAUACACAUCUUCAAAUGUUGAGGAGUGUAAGUGAGUAGAGCAUGGCAGAGUUAUAAUGAAUGAAAGUAGGGCAAAAGUGAAUUGGCUCCAAAUGGGGCUGGAACAAUAUUUCAUUUUGGCCUUCUCUCUAUAAGACUAACAGAAGGCAGUGUCAAGUUAUAUUGGUUUUGUUCUCUAUUUGA